AUGGACUACAUAGAAGUGAUAUUCGUAGUUUUCUGCUCUUCUAUCUUCAUUAUGUUGGAAUUAUGGUCCGAGAAGAAACAACGCACCAUAAUUUUGGCGCUGGAAGUUAUGUUGGGAAACUUCGGGUUUUUCGUCGGCAUAAUAUGUACCAUGGCAGGUAAUUAUAUUACGCCCGGCAUUCGAGUAUUCCCACCGUAUUUUAUCCCAUAGUAGCAUUAUCGUGUUGUUCGCAUUACCAUAAUUAUUAUUGUUUUAGUGACCUGGAUUGAAACAGGACAUAAUAUCAAGACGGAAAAUGGGAUUCAUCAUACAUCGGUUUUGCUGUGGUGUCUGGCCCCGUUCUGGUACGCUUUAAGCUUGGUUUUUGGUAAGAUAUUGUAUACGAAUAUAACAUUGUAUAUUAUCAAUAUAUUUUUUAAUAAUAAUAUAAUUAAUAGAAUUUAAAAAAUAAAAACAGUUCGUUGUAAUAUGAAUUAUGUUAUAUAUUCCUGUUAACAACGAUAAACCAUUGCUAACCAAAAAAACGAUUCUGGGUGGAGUUCAAUUAAUAGUGAUGCUUAGUGAACAAUAUAUAUGUCAUAUCAUAGUAAAAUAAUUAAAUAGGCAUUAUAUAUUUGUUUAAUACUGUACUGAUUUUCCCAGUUUUUCUACGUUUUUCCUGGUUUUCCCAUGUUUAAUCCCGAUUUUUCAAAUGUUCUUGGAAAACUCUUGGGAAAAUCGAGAAAUCACAUCCCUUAUGUACCUUCCCAGUCAGAUUUUCUUUUAAAAAUGUGCUUUCAAUGCAUCAAAAAAAAAAAAAAAAAAAUUGAAGAGAAAAAUUGGUGGAAAAAAAAUUGUAAAAAAUGUUUAAUUCUCGUAAUUAAAUAUAUAAAUAAAAAAUGUAUAACGCGUUUUACAUUUUGACUGUGAUAUACUUGAUAAUGAAUAUUUAAUUUGAAACCGGUCGUAUACACUUAUCAUAAUACUCCUGGCGAUGCAUUCAUCCUUAUAUUUGUUAUUUUUUAUUUCGAUACACACAUUUUUUUAUUUAUGUAUUUAUUUUAUAAUAUUUUUCUAUUAAAUUUCGUACAGUAUCUUGUUUUUUUUCGGUUUUUCAUAUUUGAUGAAAAAAAACCGAAAAAUUACCUCUUUAAGUACCACCCCAAGAAAAUUUGUUUCAGAAAAGGGUCUACAUAUCGUACAAAUCGGAGUAAGCUUUCUAUUAAAAAAAUGUUGACAUAAUAAAAUAAAUAAACAUCUUUGUAAAACCAAUAUAUUUUUCGCUCCACUCAGAAUCUAAAAUAAUUCAGUAAAAAUAACUAAAACGUUCUCCGUAUUUAUACCUAACCGUCUAGACGGUUAAACUUAAACAUCUUUGAUCUUUUAAAAACGCAGUAGACUAUACGUUUUGGUUUAUAAAAUCAUCGAAAAUAAACGAGUUCACGUUUUCAAACCGUUUUAACCAACCAAUAACAUUUUCAUGAUCGAAUUUCACUAUUUGAUAGGAAUUAAAUAAUAAUCACAGUAUGGUAUAGUAUACUAUAUUAUUAUAGUACAUAUUAUUAUAAUUACAUAUUGAUAACGAAUAUGCGUUAACCUAACCUAGCCAUUUACAUUUCAUAGUCACCGAUAUUAAUAAUUAUUAAUGUUGAUGAAAAAAAAAAAAAAAAAUAGGUAGAAUAUGUUUCGCCGGUUCGAUGCGCAAGCAUAAUUAUGUUACCAUGUUGGAUCCGCUUCAAUGUCAUUUUGGCGAACAUAUGGGAGGAUUGUUGUUUUUUCCAGCGCUGUGUGGUGAAGUGUUUUGGUUCGCCAAAUUAUUAUGCGCUUUGGGUAUACAAUAUUUUUGUUUAAUAAAAAAUAGUGUGGCCCUAAGAACGUCGGAUUCAAAUUGCUUCUUUAUUUUUUUGUUUCGUAUGUUGACUGACCUUUUUUUGUUAUCAUUAUCAUCUAUAAACUCUCCGAAAUGAAACGCUGUGAAGGUUUUAUCAAUUUAUUUUGUUUAGUUGAUUUAUUUGUUUAUUUAUUUGACUGUUUCUAUCCUACCGUUUGUAACCAUGAUGCGGUUAAUUAUUCAAGAACGCGUUUUGAUUGAUUAGACUUUUCAUCGUCAUAAUUAAAGUUAUGCCUAAACAGUCUAAUAUUAGACAGAAAAUGGGCCGGAAUGAGGCUGCUAAUGAGUAACUUGCAUUAUAGCAAUAAAAGUCUCAACAAUCAAAACGCGUUCUUGAAUAGUUAAUUGCAAAGAGAGGAUUAGUAACAAUUAAAAUAAAUCAAUAAUAAAGCAAUAUAAAUCGAUAAUACCUUUACGUCGUUUCAUUGCGGAGCUAUAAUGAUAAGAAAAACAGGUCAGCCAAUAUACAAAAAAAAAAAAAAAUAAUAUCAAGAAAUUCUAGAUCCGAUGCAAUCAAUGGGACACUCUAUACAUUGUUUUGGUUACACCUUUUAAAUAAUGUAUUUACGUAUGAUAUACAGGAGAUACGUUGAGCGAUAUAACGAAAUCUGACCAGUAUGCCAGUGUAAUAUUGGGCUGUUGCAUCGUAAUGUUUAAUACGAUUUUUCCAAAUAUGGACAGCCCUGCCUAUGCGGACGUCAUUCAACUGUUCGCCAUAUUUAUAGGAUUGGUACGACAUACCCAUAAUAUCCGUAAUUGCUUUAUAAAUCAGUUUUCCAAUAUAUUCAUUUCCGAAUUUACUGCUUUAUAGAGAAAAAAUAUUCCGAAUUAUAAAAUUUCAAAAUUCUCCAACUUUUACAAUUUACGAAGGAACAUUAAAGCUGCGUCCAUCUCCACCCCUCUUUUCAAAUAUGCCGUGAUAAUAAUUUCAAAAUUAAAAUUAUAAAAAAAUAUCGUAAAUAAACUCGCGCGAAAUCAUAUAUCGGAUUUUGUUGCAUUGCUAUUAUUAUUAAUUGUAACUUUUAUAGUGGUUGACCGUGCCGUAUGCGCUGAAAAACGAUAAAGUGGAUUCACACAAGCUCGGUUUGGAACUGAUUAGCGAGAUCGAGUCAAAGGAUUUAUUUAGUUACAUUGAUUACGCGUUACUCUUGGUGUUUAGCGGAAUUCCGUGGCAGAUUUACUUUCAACGGUUGUUGUCCAAAAAAUCAACUUUGCAAGCCAAAGCACUCUCAUACUUCGCAGGAUUUGGGUGUUUUAUCAUUUCAAUACCGUUAGUUAUCAUCAGAAUAGCCGCAAGUGCAACCGGUGUGUAUAAAUAUGUGUUUUAUAUAGUACGCUUACAAAUAACCUACUUAAAUAUUUAAACGAGAAUAUGAAAAUCAAAACCUGUUCAGAAAAUUAAAAAUAUUCCAAUAUCACUAGUCUAAUAAUAUUAGAAUAUUAUUAUCUGUUGGUCUAAAGUAUUGAAUGAGUCGAAAAUAUACGAUGGGGCCUUUCCGAUGACUUCAAAGGCACCUGGCACGAUCUUGCCUACGGCCAUGCUGGAUUUAACUCCAGAGAUGGUAUCACUUUUCGCACGGGUCGCGAUUGCUGUGGCUUUAAUAUCUUCGUCCGAUGCGUGUGUUCUGUCUAUCAGUUCGAUGUUCGCACGAAAUAUUUAUUCGAAGUUAUUACGUCGAAACGUAAGUUAAAUCAUAUAUUUUGUUUUUAGUAAAAUAUCUCGUAAUAACUAUUUAAAUCGAAUAAUUAUAACACAAGGUGUCUUAUAGAGUUAUCAGAAUGCUAAUAACUCUGUCAAUAUUCAUUUUUUUUUUUUUUCAAUCGGAUUUCGUCAGAGAAAAAUAAAUAUAGGGGAAAAAUGUUUAUUCUCAUUUCUUAAUUAUUAAAGACUUCAUUUUUCACUUUUUUAUAUGUUUAAAAUGACCAAUUUUUAAAAUAUAUUAUUCUAAACAUUUUUACUUAGCACACUUACAUAUUCAAUCAAUAGUUUCUUAGCAAUAGCCAUUUUAAUUUCUAGAAAAUUUGUGUGGAAACACCAGUCAAAAACAAACCAAAUAUUUUUAUUUUUUAACGAUGGAAAAGGGAUGAAAAUAAAUUAUUCUCUACAUUUGUGUCGCCAUGACAGAAUGUCCUACAGCAAUGAUUUCUAAACACAAAAUUCGUUUCAUGUAUCAAAGAAUUUGAAUAUGAAACUUUUAUUUUGAGUUUUUGGAAUUCUUGACACAUUAUUUUUUUAGAGCAUUCUUUAACAUUUUAAAUGCAUUUUUAAUUAAAACUCGAUUGAAAAAAAAAAAUGAACAUUGAUAUAGUUAUUAGCAUUCAGAUAACACGGUAGAACACCCUGAAUAGGUUUCAAAGGUAAGUGUGUAUACUUUAUAGUUAAAUUGUAUAAUAUUUUUGGCAUGAUAACACGCAGUUUCGUUCCAUUAAACAAUAUUCGGACGACGAGACUCGACUACAACGAGAAUAGCAACGAUAUAUUUAGUAUACGACCGAACGAUUAUUGUUAAUCGAAAUUAAUAUUUCAGGCGUCAAAGUCGGAGAUUGUGUGUGUCUUGCGGUGGUUCAUAGUGGUCGUCGUUUUAACCGCUGCGAUUACGGCCUUUUCCAUGCAGUCCAUCUACGGACUGUGGUUAGGUGUGUGCUCUGACUUCGUUUACGUUAUCCUGUUCCCACAGUUAAUUAUGGCCGUACAUUUCAAACACUAUUGCAAUACGUACGGGUCGCUGGCUGCGUACAUUGUCGGAUUUUCCAUCCGGGUGGCUUGUGGCGAACCUAAACCGGGUCUCAAGCCUUUGAUAUAUUUCCCCGACUGGAUGGGGGUACAAAAAUUAUUUCCUUUCCGGACCGUGGCCAUGCUAUGUUCGCUGUUCACGCUGGUGUCCGUCUCGUGGGCAACAAAGUAGGUCUUAACCUGUAAUAUGUAUAUUUGGUAUAAAAUUAGAGCUGUAAAAUAAUUUAUUCCAAAUACACGCUGUUCAGUAUCUAGUAUAAAUUGGACCUCGCUUGGUAAUCACAUUCGAGACGAAAGUUUAGUGAAUUCGGUCAUUUUGUUUGCAGGUGGUUAUUUCUCAACAGUACAUUAACGUCCCAUUACGAAUGGUUACGUUGCGUGAAUAACAUAAUGAUAAAUUCGGUAUUCCUCGGAACGUUUACGCCACAAGAAGAAGAGCGAACGACUAUACCCACGCAACAGGAAGUAGAACUGAUGACCACGCCCACGCCACACGAAGGAGAACUGACGACCAUGCCCUCAUUUCACGAUGGUUUUUGUAAAUUUUGGAAAAAUCAUCGUUAAAGUGUUCUAAAAAAAAAAUUCCGUUGACAUUUCGUUCGAUCUGAUUUUCGUUUAGGUAGUCUGAUGGUCGACCAGUAUGCUUUGAACACUGACUUGAACUACUAUGACGACUCACUCGGAGGGUCAAUGCAGGCUAUAGGCAUGUUUGAUGACGAGACCAUCGCCGGGGAGAUGCCUGAAAUGCUGCCUACAACACAGAAGGAUAGAGCUUUAGAUGAGAUUUCCGAUUCGGGUGAAUAACAAAAAAUCAUCGUUGUAGAGUUAUAAAUAAAAUCAGAUCAUUCUAUAGGUAUGUAUCGGAUGGUAUUCUCACGUUCCGUACGUGCGCCCCGGAGGAAAACUCUGUUCCAAUAUUGCGCUGACAUGAUCACCCACUUGUUCGACAAACCGAACGAAAGAAUAAACCAUAUCCUGGGCAUAAAUGACGUCAAGAUCAACACCGUGUAGGCGCCUGUGACGACGUCUACGGCACAGCAGAGAAAGGAUAGUGUUGUGUGAAACAGUAACGCUGAAGUAGUUUAAAAACACUCGGGCAAACGAAGCAAUGCU